AGCUGCAAAAAUCCACUGACAUGAUGUGGUUCUCGUGUUUCUUUUCAUUUUGAGAGAGACGAGCGCAAGAGCAAGAGCAAGAUGGAUAUGGACACAGCGUUGGAUGUCGCAGCAGCCUGUUUGCUGCUAGCUGCUGCGUUUCAGCGUCGGAGGACAGCACGGACCAGACGUUGGUGUGUUCGUCCGUAUUACCAGCACAGGUUAGAGCGAGGGUCGUACCAGUCAGACAUUGUGCAAAUGAGAAGUGUAGACGAGAGCCUGCACUUCAAGUAUGUGCGUAUGUCCCCGGCUGUUUUCGACCGCUUACUCGUCCUGAUAGAGCCGUUCUUGCCGGUGAGGCGUCAGCUGAAUUCCGCAACAAGACCAGAAAUCACCAAUGCGGAACGAUUAGCCCUGACGCUGCGAUAUCUGGCCUCAGGAGAGUCCAUGCAGAACAUUGCUAUCCAGUUCCGUGUGGGCCACUCCACUGCCCACCACAUCAUUAUCGAUGUAUGCCAAGCCAUCUGGGCUGGUCUUGUGGACAAAUACAUGCAGUGCCCUUCAAAACCAGCUGAAUGGGCUGCUGUAGCUACUGAUUUCUACGCGAGGUGGAACUUCCCACACUGCAUUGGUGCGAUCGAUGGGAAGCACAUAAAUAUGCAAGCGCCUCACAACUCUGGCAGUAGCUUCUACAACUACAAGAACUUCCACUCCAUCGUUCUUCUGGCCGCUGUGGAUGCGCAAUACCGCUUCAUCAUGGUUGACAUCGGCGCCAGUGGUCGCGAAAGUGACGGCGGUGUGUUCUCUAUGAGUGCCUUUGGCCAGUCUCUAGAGUCGGCAUCAGCAGGUCUUCCUGACGCAACCGAUUCCGUCCCCGGACUAGGUCGGCUCCCUUACUUUAUGGUUGGAGAUGAAGCUUUUCCACUUCGCUCCUACAUGAUGCGACCUUACCCUGGGAAGCAACUUUCAAUUGACAAGCGGAUCUUCAAUUACCGGCUGUCAAGGGCUAGACGCAUUGUGGAAAAUGCUUUUGGCAUUCUUGUGGCUCGGUGGCGAUUGUUUCGGCAGCCAAUAAAUGCGAAGCCUGAAAAUGUUGUUCAUUUCACGAAGGCCUGUGUAGUUUUGCACAAUUUCCUCCAGACGGAGAGCAGCGCAACCUACUGUCCAAGUGGCUUCAUUGACACAGACGUCAACGGUCGAGUGAGCGAGGGCUCUUGGCGGAUUGACUUCAAGAACGGCGGACUCACUGACAUUACCAAGGCAGCAAGCAACAACUUCACAAGGCAUGUCAAGACAUUGCGCGAGCAGCUGGCACGGUUUUUCUUGUCACCUGCUGGAGCUGUGUCCUGGCAAGUGGAUGCUGUCACAGAAAUUCAUUGAUGAGUGUUCUGGUCGGGCUUCCAUUAUUAUUUUUUGUAUUCUUCGUCCUGUUCUGUGUGUGUGUGUGUGUGUGUGUGUGUGUG